UGCCCGGCCGCCAGAGCCGCGUCGCUGGCGCCCGCUCCGGUUCGGGUGGUGCCGGCGCCGGUGCCGGCCCUGGAGCCGGGCGACGGGGCCGGGAUGCUGCUCUCCAAGAUCAACUCGCUGGCCCAUCUGCGCUCGGGGCCCGGCGGGGAGCUGCACGCGGCCAAGCUGCAGCCAGGCAAGGAGAAGGAGCCGCUGGAGAAGCUGUACCAGGUGGGCCCGCUGCUGGGCAGCGGCGGCUUCGGCUCGGUCUACUCGGGCGUCCGCCUCUCCGACAGCGCCCCGGUGGCCAUCAAGCACGUGGCGCGGGACCGCAUCUCCGAGUGGGGCGAGCUGCCCGGCGGCACCCGCGUGCCCAUGGAGAUCCUGCUGCUGAAGAAGGUGGGCUGCGGCUUCCGCGGGGUCAUCCGCCUCCUCGACUGGUUCGAGCGGCCCGACAGCUUCGUGCUGGUGCUGGAGCGGCCCGAGCCCGUGCAGGACCUCUUCGACUUCAUCACGGAGCGCGGCGCCCUGCCCGAGGAGCUGGCGCGGGGGCUCUUCCGCCAGGUGCUGGAGGCCGUGCGGCACUGCCACAGCUGCGGCGUCCUGCACCGCGACAUCAAGGACGAGAACAUCCUCGUCGACCUCGCCACCGGCGAGCUCAAGCUCAUCGACUUCGGCUCCGGCGCCCUCCUCAAGGACACGGUCUACACGGAUUUCGACGGCACCAGGGUGUAUAGUCCUCCGGAGUGGAUCCGCUACCAUCGCUACCACGGCCGCUCAGCAGCCGUUUGGUCCCUGGGUGUGUUACUCUACGACAUGGUCUGCGGAGAUAUCCCCUUUGAGCAUGAUGAAGAGAUUGUGCGGGGCCAGGUGUACUUCCGGCAGAGGGUCUCUCCAGAAUGCCAGCAUCUCAUCAAAUGGUGUUUGGCCUUGCGACCCUCGGACAGGCCAUCUUUUGAAGACAUUUUAAAUCAUUCUUGGAUGCAAGGUGUCCCCCUACCACAGAAGACAGCCGAGAUCCACCUGCACAGUCUGCUCCAGGAGUCCAGCAAAUAACUUCUUCAAUCUCCUGGCUGUAAAAAACAAAAGAAAACAGAAUUCUUCUUUGACUGUAGCACUGAGUGGGGAUCGUCACGUGGGAACAUCUACAUCUUAUUGCAGAGCUAGACCAAACUGCAGUCAGUCAUCCAAGAGCCAGUGGCCACGAUCCAACCCGGGUAUCCUGGACUUGAACUUAAUGGUCCUGUCUCCCUUGAUGUCUUGCCAGUCAACUUCUGGUGAUGUUUUAUGGGCACUCCCACGAGUGUCCCCGGCCUGCUGAAUUCAGGACUGUGAGAGGAUCAGAGGCAUUAUAGCGAGAAAAGCUUCAACCGGGGAAAAUUGUU